GCCGCCUCAGUCCGCAUCCCACUCCCACGAUUCGACGAUGGGUGACGGCGAAAAAGAGGCUCGGCCUCAAGCCCCACGCCCACGCAGCGAUUCGCAGAAGAAUCUCCAGUCAUUGCAACCACGCAGAAGAGAUGUCGUCCCAGCAGGCGGGGCGCAGCAAGCAGCGGGGCUCAUCCCACUUUCAGUCUGGGCGGGCGAAUAGCCGGGGCGAUGAUGAUGAGGAGGAGGAUGACCAGCACAGCCUCUACGACCCGCACUCUCUGCGCAUCUGGCCCGCAUACGAUACGAAGCAUCUCGAGGUGUUGGAGUACCCGAUCAAGGAACUGGACACAACCCUCCACCUUGGCCAAUCCUCGACGUCAGGCUCCACCUCAUCCUCCCUCUGGCUCUCCAGCCAGGUCUUGGGGGCGUAUCUCCUCUCCUCACCCUUCCUCCUCUCUCUGCCGCCAUCUUCGCCACGAACACGACGACGGCAUGCUCCGAUGCCGAAGUCGAAACCGGUGGCUGUUGAGCUGGGCGCGGGCGUGGGGUUUCUCUCCCUCCUCCUCGCUCACGCAGGGUGGGAAGUCAAAGCCACAGACCUGCCUUAUGUCGCUCGAGGCGUUCUCGCUGAGAAUGUCAGGGCGAACGAGGCGGCAAGUGGGAAGGUGGAAAUCGUCGAGCUAGACUGGCAAGAGACAAACGAGGGACCCCUGCUCUUCCUCCCUUGUUCAUCUUCGGCUGCGAAGUCAGAAGCGUACCCCUCCCUCAUCGUAUCAGCAGAUACGCUCUACGCCCCUCAUCUGGUCUUGCCCUUCUGGAAAACCUUUGCGAGCCUUCUUCGCUCCUCCUCCUCUCCCUCCCGCGUUCCACUCGGCCUAUUAGCCCUGGAACGCAGAGACCCUGCUUUCAUCGAUUCAGCCCUUUCCGUCGCUCGCAGCGAGUUCGGUCUGGCUCUCACGCGUGUAGAGGAUGGGAAGGUCGAACAGGCGGUUCAGGGGAGUUUGGGUUGGGAGAAGGCGCUGUGGGAUGGGGUGGAGAUUUGGGAUGUGAGGUUG